AUGGCACCCUGUCUACGAAAAACCUCUAUUUCAAUAUCCAACUCCUCCUCUACCUCCAGCUCUACCUCCACCACUUCUCCCACGCACAACAACCGCCACCGCUCCCACAAAGGCUGCUGGACCUGUAAACGCAAGCGAAUCCACUGCGACGAGACACACCCAGGAUGUCAAAACUGUACAUCCAAGGGCGUCGUCUGCGAAGGAUACGAGAUUCGACUUCGCUGGGGGUCCGGAAUCGCUUCGAGAGGUCGGUAUAAUGGGGCGGCAAAGCCGAGUGUGGAGUGCAUUCCGCCGCCGUCGAAGAGGAGGUGGGAUUUGAGGAAUAAGAGUCGGAGGAGGAGUGAUGAUAUGGGUGAGAGCGUUGUGACAACUGGAGCUGCUGGUGGUGGUGGUGAUGGCAGUGAGGGCGAUGAACAAGGGCAGCCGGUACUGUUGGUUUUGGGAUCAGGUUUGAAUGGUGAGAUUGGAGGAGGAACUCGAACAGAACUACACUCUACAAAUCCACCUCCACCCGCAACCAACCAAGUCCCUGCUACGGUCAACAUCCUCAACGAACCUCCACAAGGAGACCAUUUCCCGAGUGACUAUCUGAACAUCACUAAACACUUUCAACUCCCCGUCUCAACACGCAUACUUGAGCCGCAACCAUCAUCACCGACUCAUCAUCUCUUAUCACCCUCCAUGCGACACGGGUAUCAAACGUCGCGUUCCUCAUCUAUGAAUGGGAGGAGGAGUGUUUUUGCGUGA